AUGAGCGCUGCUCAGGUUAUGUCAGCCACCGAUGCGCCAAUAGUAAAGCCAAAGGUCAAAACAAGGGCCAAACAAAGAUAUUUGAAAGCCAAGAAAGAAAGACGUAAACAACGAAAGGGUCUUGCCACUGUACCGGAGAAGGCUGCUGAAGAACAAUCAUACGUGUUGCCGGUGGGGGUUGAAACUGACGAGGACUCUGAGGAACAUGAGAUUGACCGUCACGCAUCGGAAGCAAGCGACCAUGAGCUCGAGCGUGGAGAGGCAGCACAGAAGGAGAAUAGACCCAAAAAAAGACGCAAACUGAACAGUUCUGAUAAGGGCGACAGUGGACCGACUACACCUACUUCCACAGAUCGCAGCAAAACGGAAUACAGGGAAGUGGCACUUACGGUACAGGAUUAUCCACGCGGACAAUCGCCAACGCCCAAAGCAAUCCUUCCCUCAUUUUCUCUGCCUUCUCAACCGGAUGCCCCGUCAAAGUCGGUCCUCGCUUUGCAGGGUAUCGACAAAGCUUUGGUGGAAGCCGAAGUUAUCGACCCCGCCCAAGUCAUGGGAUUUUCAUCUACAGCUAAUGCCAACAAUGGAACACAAUUGAGCGAAAGGACAAGAAAGAGACUUGCAGAUCUGGGUAUCUCCGAACUGUUCGCUGUGCAAACGGCAGUUGUUCCCUUUCUUCUGUCAACAGACCGCCUGAAGUCGCUUUACCUCCCUUACGAUCCCCCAAACGAUGUCUGUGUCUCGGCGCCUACUGGAAGUGGGAAGACUUUGGCCUAUGUUCUACCCAUUGUGGAAAUCUUGUCGCCACGGAUCGUCAUUCGUCUCAGGACACUCGUGGUUCUGCCUACACGUGAUUUGGUUAUCCAAGUGCGCGAAACUUUCGAAGCCGUAUCAAAAGGCAGAGGUUUGAAGAUCGGGACAGCUACUGGACAGCACUCUUUUGCUCACGAGCAAGCACAACUCAUUGCAGACAAGUCACCCGGACUGCAGGGGGGCUCAAGCAAGGUGGAUAUUCUAAUCUGCACUCCAGGAAGGCUUAUGGAUCAUCUCAAUGGAAGUCCUAACUUCUCCUUACAGCACCUGCGAUUUCUGGUGAUUGACGAAGCAGACCGUCUUCUCGCACAAUCCUUCCAAGAUUGGUUGGCUCAAGUGCUGGCAGCAACCCGACCUCCACUACGUCAGGAAGAGCCAGACGUGUCUCCCGAUCUUCUCUCAGAGCAGUCAGUUCCCAGUACAGAUGCUCUCUCCCCCGCUUCGCUUCAUCUGCUCCGCGGCGUGCCUGAUAUUUGCACAGAUACGGACGAGAAAAGAGACUCGUCGUGUCAAAAGCUGCUAUUCUCUGCCACCUUGACCAGAGACCCGGCUAAGAUAUCUGCAUUAAAUUUACACAAUCCGAGGUACUUCAUUGUGCAGAGUCGAAAGGAGAGUGCAGUGCCUGAAGAGGCGAGCGUACUGGAUCUAGUAAUGGAGAAAUUCACAAUGCCUGCGGGUUUAACGGAACAUAUGAUUGUGUGCUCGUCUUCUGAGAAGCCAUUGACAUUGUUUCAUCUGGUGCACAACCGCGGUGUCACCAAUGCUCUUGUCUUCACUAAGUCUGCGGAGUCAACAACACGCCUUGUUCGACUGUUCGAAUACUUCGAGGCGGCACGUUCUUCUGAAGACCAGAGUUGCUGUAAUACCGUCGCACGGGCUUAUUCGAGUGAUCUGGGUGCCACCGAGCGGAAAUCCCUCUUGGAAAGGUUCAAGAAACAGGAGAUUGACAUACUCAUCUGCUCAGAUCUUAUAUCCCGUGGGAUUGACAUCAGCCAUGUUUCACAUGUUGUGAGCUACGAUGCUCCUGUGGAUAUGCGAAAGUAUGUACACCGGGUAGGUCGGACAGCACGUGCGGGUCGCUCCGGACAUGCAUGGACCUUAGUUGAGGAACAAGAGGCUCGCUACUUCAAGUCAAUGCUGAAGACAUCCGAUCAUCUGGAUAAAGUCAAGCGAAUAAGGGUCUCGGAUAAGGAUGUUGUUUCCCUUCGAUCUUCGUACGAGAGUGCACUCGAUCAACUGAAGGAGGCGUAUGCUCGCUCGGCGAAUUGA